AUGCACCGUCCUGUUAUAAGGGGACCGGGACUUUAUGACCCAACUAAUGAAUACAAUACAGAUGAGCUAAACAAGGCGAUGCGUGAAGGCUGGGUGAAGUUAGCCUUCUACAUUAUCUCGUUCUUCUAUUAUCUCUACGGAAUGUCGCUCAUCUGUUCAUUAUCCAACGAGGUGCCGGAGCAUCCAGUUAUUAGUCCGAAGUCUGGACAUGUCUUCGAAAGACGCGUAAUUGAGAAGUACCUUCAGGAGAAUGGGACUGAUCCCAUUGAUCAACAACCUCUUACUGUAGAGGAGCUUAUCGAAAUAAAAACAUCUCCGUUUGUUCGCCCAAAACCACCGUCAGCCACAUCAAUUCCUGCCAUUUUGAAGACCCUACAGGACGAAUGGGAUGCUGUAAUGCUUCAGUCGUUUACCCUCCGUCAGCAACUACAAACUGCUCGGCAGGAACUUUCACACGCCCUUUAUCAACAUGAUGCUGCCUGUCGCGUCAUAGCCAGGUUAACGAAGGAAGUCACGGCCGCCCGUGAGGCUUUGGCCACCCUGAAACCUCAAGCAGGUAUUAUGGCUCCUGGUGCGGCUGCCGCACCAGCCUCAGCACCUGCGGUUCCUGGUGCUCAACAAGUGACUGACACUUCCGGUGAUGCAGUUAUGAUAGAUGCCAACCAGCUUCAAGAAGAGAUUGGUGUGAGCGAUGAUGUAAUCCAGACACUACAAGAGCGUGCAAGUCAGCUGACGGCGGAACGAAAACGACGGGGAAAGACCGUACCUGAAGGUCUGGCUAAGUCGCGCAACAUUUCCGAAUAUCAGCAGUUGUCUAGCUUGGUUGGCUUGCAUUCAGCCAGCAUGCCAGGCAUUCUUUCUGUGGAUAUCAGCAAAGCAUCUCCCGACCGAAUCGUCACUGGAGGAAAUGACAAGAAUGCGGUUGUCUUUAACCUGGCUUCAUCUCAGGUGAUUUCCAUAUUGCGAGGGCAUACAAAGAAGGUGACGAAUGUGGUGUAUCAUCCCGCUGAGGAGCUUGUAUUCACUGGCUCCCCGGACACCACCGUGCGUGUGUGGGGUGUGGAACAGGGUCAGUGUGCCAGCGUGAUUCGUGCUCACAAAGGUGCAGUCACUGGUUUGAGCAUCCAUGCCACGGGCGACUACCUGCUAUCUUCCAGUGCCGAUGGCCAGUGGGCGUUCAGUGAUUUGAGGCAUGGCCGUGUUCUUGUACGCGUUUCGGCAGUUGAUAAAUCCGGAGCCCUUCAAUCUUUAACGUGCGCUCAAUUCCAUCCGGAUGGUCUGAUUCUUGGCACGGGAACAGGAGACGGCGAAGUGAAGAUCUGGGAUGUGAAGGAACGUCGCAAUGUGGCGAACUUUGGUCAUGGGGCGGCGGGGGCUAACCAAACAGUCACAGCACUCGCGUUUUCCGAGAACGGUUAUUACCUGGCAACUGGUGGUGCCGAUGGUCAGGUUAAAUUAUGGGAUUUACGAAAGCUGAAGAACUUCAAAACUCUGGUUCCUGGUGAAGAACAACCAGCAGCGUACGAAAUCCACGACAUCGAGUUCGAUCAGUCCGGGUCUUACCUGGGAGUCGCUGGUACAGACUGCCGGAUUUACUUGUGUAAACAAUGGGAUCAACUGGCAUUGUUCAACGAUCACACUGCACCCGCAACUGGAUGCCGAUUUGGAGAAAACGCAAACAGAUUCAUCACUGUCAGUUUGGAUCGUUCAGUCAAAGUAUUCGGACUGUAAUAGUAGCCGAGUUCCCAUUUCCGUUUUGUAACCUUGUCGCCAUCCUGUCUUGUCCGUCUUGGCGUGUUCUGUCUAAGCCAUGCCACACAUUAUUAUACUUGCGUUGAGGUGUGCUACCAGUCUUGUGUAUAUGCCAUCAGUUGCGUUUUAUCGGAAAUAAACUAUUUCG